GACUCUGAAUCACGAAGCCUCGGUCAGUUCUCAGCACGUACAGCUCUUCACUGAGUAUGGUCGCUCGGGUUGUGACACUCUUUCCGACCUAUGACACACGAAUCCCGCUGGCGCAAGUCGGCCGCGGCAUUGGUUGCAUGUAGUCAGGCUUUGUACGCGUACGUAGAUGAGCAAGGAGAGGGUGGUGAGUGGUAUGUGAUGAUGUGAGGGGACGGACCAUGGAGUCGGGGUUGUGACAAAUCGCCCCGAGAUGACUGUCAUUCCCGUCCCUCGCAACAAGCGGGUGCGAAGGGGCCUGUCUGGUCAUGUGCCGCCCAAAACCAACAUGACAAAUGAAGAAUGGCUGAAAUUAUAUAGGUUCAAGAUGGUUCCCCGAAAGCUAGGCUAUUCGAGCACAUGCAGCGCCUGCUCACCGAGUCACCAUGGACAGCCAGGAGUUGGGAAUAGGCGCAACGCAGCACGAUGGACCCCAGCAUGAAGGGCAGCAACAACUCCAGAAUGAUGAGGAUGCCUGGACUAUGAAUCCAGCCAAUCCAUGGAAUUGGUCCACCGGAAAGAAGGCUGUUCACAUGGUGAUGUUGUCGUGCAGUGCUCUACUUGCCUCCAUCGGAACCUCUGUCAUGAGUCCUGCACGCUCGCAAAUCAUGGAAGAAUUCCACGUCUCGAGUCCAGUCGCCCUCCUGCCGCUCUCGCUCUACGUCCUCGCCCUUGGUCUCGGCUCCAUCGUUGGCAGCCCACUGUCAGAGACUGUAGGGCGACACCCCGUGUACCUUGGUACUGUCCCGCUGGGCGCCGUCUUCACGCUGGGCGCCGGCUUCACUCACAACUUUGGCGCGCUGUGCUUUCUGAGGUUCAUGGCAGGCUUCUGCUGGGCGCCCGUGCUGGCCACGGCUGCGGGCUCCCUGUCGGACCUCUUUGCGCCGAGAGCUCGCGGUCCACCGUCUGCGAUUUUCAUUCUCAUGCCCUUUCUGGGCCCUGGCUUGGGCCCCGUCAUAGGCUCGUUUCUCGUCGUCGAGAAGAGCUGGCGUUGGACGCAAUGGACGUUGCUCUUCCUGGCAGCCGCCUGCAUCAUCGUCACGGCCUUUACAAAGGAAACCAUGCACCAUCUCAUCCAAGAGCGAGCGGCUGGAAAGGCAAACAAGCACGAAGGCGCCGCCACGACGUCGGUCUCGCGCCCCAAGUUGAGCGAAUUCGUGACCAUUGCGCUGGUACGACCGGUGCACAUGCUCGUAUCCGAGCCCAUUGUCGCCAUGAUCGCCUUGUACGUGUCAGCCGAGUUUGGGACACUUUUUAGCUUCUUUGCCGGUGUUCCGUAUACGUUCGCACGUGUAUAUGGCUUUCCACUGCAUCACUCUGGCCUCGUCUUCCUGUCCAUCGUCAUUGGCUGCCUUCUUGGUCUCGUCACCAUCAUUCUCUGCGACACGCUGCUGUACAGGAAGAAGGCCCAGACAUAUGCGUCGCACGAGGUGCCCCCUGAGCUUCGCUUGUUCCCUGCGAUGCUCGGAAGCGUGGGACUGCCGGUGGGACUGUUCUGGUUCGCCUGGACGGCCAAGGCGGAUGUGUCCUGGGCCAGUCCGGCCGCCGCCAUGAUCCCGUUUGCAUGGGGCAAUCUGUGCGUGUUUGUGGCCACGAUUCAGUACAUGUCGGACACGUAUCCGGGGAGAAUAGUCGCAAGCGCUGCCAGUGCCAAUACGCUGGCUCGGUACGGCUUUGCAGCGGUGUUUCCCCUGUUCACAAUACAGAUGUAUGAGACUCUGGGGAUCGCUUGGGCCACGAGCUUGUUGGGGUUCGUGGCGCUGGCACUGAUGCCGAUUCCCUGGUGCUUUUAUAGGUUCGGGCCGACUAUACGUGCUCGCAGUAGGUAUACUUGACUGCCUAGCUUCCUAGAUAUCAACAUGACUGCCAUUGUCAAUGUAGACGCCGAUAUCGACGAGAACGAAAUCGCGAUAUGCAUCAUGUUCAUGAAACUGAUGCAUGGUACAUGUGUUUUAGGCUAAACGGUUCUCGGUACGCAUUUCUUCCAUUCAACCGACAAACCCCAGUUACGUAGUUGCGCGUUGACGGUUAAACAAAACAGAAAGCAGAUCACUUAAGCCUAACACGGCAUUGGUCUUAGGCGAGCAUUUAGGCAUUAGCCAUCCUCAGUCGGGACUGG